UCUGUGAGGUCGUGUGUAUGUUUCCGGGUCUGCAGGGCUCUCUCCUGCAGAGCACCAUUAGCAUGUGUUUUUUUUCAGAGGAGGGGAGUGAUCGUAGAAAAAAACAUCAGUGUUUAUUUUCUCUCCUCCUUUGACUCUUGAUGUGUGGAAGAUGUCCGGGUUUCAGGAUCUUACAGAUUCAUUCAGACGGAGGCUGCUCGCUGCGGGGAACAGAGACCUGACAGAGACUUCAUCUGGAUCCGAAGAGGAGCUCCACCGACAGAGAAAACUACUGGAUGUGAUGUUAACACCUGAGAUAAAGCUGCAGAGAGCAGUGUGUCCCUCAGACGUCCAGCAGCUGUCUUUGAUUAAAGAAGAGCUUCCCCCUGAGCAGCAGGAAAGGAGCUCCAGUCUGGACCAGGAGGUCACUGAGCCCCUUCACAUUAAAGAGGAACAGGAGGACCUGUGGAGCAGUCAGGAGGGAGAGCAGCUUGAAGGACUUGAGGACGCUGAUACCACCAAGUUUCCCUUCACUAUUACCCAAGUGAAGAGUGAAGAUGAUGAAGAGGAACUUCAGACCUCACAGCUUCAUGACAGACAAAGUGAACAGAUGGAAACAGGAGCUGAUGGAGAGGACUGUGGAGAGCCAGAACCAGCCAGGGACUCAAAUCCAGAAAGACAUUUAGAGCCAGAGACUGGAGACUCUUCUGAACUGAAGACUGAUGACAAUGAUGAUGAUUGUUUGGAGACAAGAGAGCCAAAGUCAUGUUUAAACACUAAAGAUAAGAGACAUAAGACUGGUGGGAAGUCAUUCAGCUGCUCUGAGUGUGGGAAAACAUUUAAGAGAAAGUGGCAUGUGAUCCAACACAUGAGAACUCACACAGGAGAGAAACUAUUCAGCUGCUCUGUUUGCAGUAAAAGAUAUAACCGAAAGGAAAUUCUGACUAAACACAUGUUGGCUCACUCGGGAGAGAAACCCUUCAGCUGCUCUGAGUGCAGCAAAAGUUUCAACCGAAAAGAGCAUCUGACCAGACACAUGAGAAUCCACAACAACGAGAAACCCUUCAGCUGCUCCGUCUGCAGCAAACGAUACAAACAUAAAUGUAACCUGACCAGACACACACUGGUUCACACAGGAGAGAAACUCUUCAGCUGCUCUCAGUGCAGUAAAACAUUUAAUCAAAAAUGGCAUUUGACUGCACACACUUUAGCUCACACAGGAGAGAAACCCUUCAGCUGCUCUGACUGUGGGAAAAGAUUCAGCCAAAAAAGGAGUCUGUCACGUCAUGUUGAUUAUCACAGAGAGGAGAAACCCUACAGCUGUAGCACGUGUGACCAAAGGUUCUCUUGGUCAGAUCAGCUGACAGAACACGAGUGUGUUAACUGGCAGAAUUCAGAGCGUCAUGAAAACCACACUGACGACACAGAGGACUGUGAAGAACCAGAACCAGCCAGGAACUCAGAUCCAGAGAGACAUGUACAACCAGAGACUGAGGUCAAGAAUGAAGACUCUUCUGAAGCUGAGACUGAAGACAGAGCUCAUGAUUGGAAGAACACCAGAGUACAGAAGUCAGGAUUAAAGUUUGUUGGACACAUUAAAGAGACAAGAGCUGAGAUCGAUGAGAAAUUACGGAGCUGUGCUGAAUGUGGUAAAAAACUCUCUCUGAUGAAAAACAUGACAACUCACUCAGCAGAAGAGAAACCCUUACACUGCUCUGCAUACAGCAAACGAUCGUAUGACACACGCAUGUUGGUUCACACGGGAGAGGAACACUUUGAAUACUCUGUCUGCUGUAAAAGAUUCAACCAUAAAUCAAGUUUGGACAAACACACGUUGUCUCAAGCAGGAGAGAAACCCUUCAGCUGCUCUCAGUGUGGGAAAAGAUUUCAACUUCACGUAGCAAAUCACAGACCUGAGAAACCCUGCAGCUGCUCGGUUUGCAAGCAACAGUUUUCUUUACAUUUUCAGAAAAAAACACACAAACGUGUUGCUGGUCACUCCUCAAGAGAGACACGAGAUAAAGAGAUGAGAUACAUCAUAGAGGAGGGUGAGAGACCAGAGUCAAACAGGAAUGUAGAUCAAGAGGGACAUUUACAACCUGAGGUAAAGACUGAAACUGAGACUGAAGACAGUGAUGAUUAUUGGGGUCCCGACCCUCACUUUGGGAAGCCCUGUUCUAAACAACCCAGACCUGAUCUGACUGUGAGUUUCGUGGUCAGUGUGUCUUGUACUCUCAGUGUGUGUCAGAUGUCCGGGUUUCAGGAUCUUACAGAUGUAUUCAGACGGAGGCUGCUCGCUGCAGAGACAUCAUCUGGAUAUGAAGAGGAGCUCCACCGACAGAGGAAACUACAGAGUGUGAUGUUCACCCCUGAGAUAAAGAUGCAGAGAGCAGUGUUUCCUUCAGACGUCCAGCAGCUGUUGGUGAUUAAAGAAGAGCUUCCCCCCGAGCAGCAGGAAAGGAGCUCCAGUCUGGACCAGGAGGUCACUGAGCCCCUUCACAUUAAAGAGGAACAGGAGGACUUAUGGAGCAGUCAGGAGGGAGAGCAGCUACAAGGACUGAAGGAGGCUGAUACCACCAAGUUCCCCUUCAAUGUUAUUCAAGUGAAGAGUGAAGAUGAUGAAGAGGAACCUCAGUCCUCACAGCUUCAUCAGAGCCAAACUAAAGAUAUGGAAACAGGAGCUGACGGAGAGGACUGUGGAGGAUUAAAAACAGCAAGGGACUCAGAUCCAGUGAAACAUUUACAGCCAGAAACCAAGGUUGAGACUAAAGACUCUUCUGAACCUGAGACUGAUGACAGUGAUGACUGGAAGGAGACCAGAGGACAUCAUUCAGGUUUGAAAUCUGUGGACAGCAUCAAAGAUAAGAGACCAGAGACUGAUGAGAAACUACAUAGUUGCUCUGAGUGUGGUAAAACAUUCACAAUUAAACAAAACCUGAAGAGACACAUGAGAAUCCACACAGGAGAGAAACCCUACGGAUGCCUCACGUGUGGUAAACGGUUUCCUUGGGAUAAUCAGUUAAAAAGACACAAGUGUGGUAGAGUUCAUGGUUCAGAGCUCCAUCAAUACCAACCUGCAGAGAGAGGAGAGGCAGAAUCCAGGGCUGACGGAGAGGACUGUGGAGGACCAGAUCCAGCCAGCACCACAGGUCCAGAGAGACAUUCACAACAUGAGACUGAGGUCAAGACUAAAGACUCCUCUGGAGUCGAGACUGAAGACAGUGAUGACUGGAAGGAGACAGAUCAUCACUCAGGUUUCGCUAAAAGACAAGAGACUGACAAGAUGGUUCCUCGUUGCUCUGAGUGUGGUAAAACAUUUAAAAGUAAACGAAAUCUGAGACACAUGAUGAUUCACACAGGAGAGAAACCCUUCAGCUGCAACAAGCUUGGGAAAAGAUCCUUCUGGCUUAACCAGAUAAAAAAACACAAGUGUAGAGUUCAAGCUUCUGAUCUCCUCCAAAAUCAAACGGAGGAGGAGAGAGGAGCUGAAGGAGAGGACUGUGAAGGGCCAGAGAGACCUUUACAACCAGAGACUGAUGACCGGACGACAGAACAUCAGUCAGGUUCAAACUCUGAAAACCAUGAGAGUAAGAGAAGGACGAUUGGUGAUGAAUCUAAUCCCUGCGCUUUAUGUGGCAAGACAUUCAAGAAGAAAUGGGAUCUGACCCAACAUCUUCACUCCGGAGAGAGACCGUACAGCUGCUCUGUGUGUGGGAAAAGAUGUAACUACAAAGGGCAUUUGAUGUCACACAUGUUGGUUCAUUCAGGGGAGAAACAGUUCAGCUGCUCUGAGUGUAGCAAAAGAUUUACCCAAAAGUAUGACCUGACACUUCACAUGGCACAUCACAGAGGAGAGAAACCCAUCAGCUGCAGUGUCUGUGAAGAACAGUUCUCCUGGUACUCACAGUUAAAAAAUCACAAAUGUGUCGGAGGUCAGGUUUCAGAGCUGAAUCAGAAACAAAGUGAGGAGACAAGAGAGGCAGAUGGAGAGGACUGUGGAGGACCAGGACAAGCCAGGGACUCGGAUCCAGAGAGACAUCUACAACCUGAAACUGAGACGCAUUGCAGAGAGACUGGAGAACAUCAGUCAGGUUCCAACUCUCUGACAUCUGUUGAUAUCUCACACAGUCACACAAGAGAGAUGCUUUUCAGUAGUUCAGAAUCUCAGAACCAAAAGCAUCCAAGUCAACACAUGAGAAUUCACAAAGGGGUCCACAGAGGGGCAGAACAGAAGGACGAUGAGCCCCCACACAUCAAAGAGGAACAGGGGGGAGUCUUGGUCAGUCAGGCUAACAUCAUCAAGCUCACCUUCACUCCUGUCCCUGUGAAGAGUGAAGAUGAGGAAGAGACACAUCAGUCCUCACAGCUUCAUCAGAGACAAACUGAACGGAUAAAAAGAGAUGCUGAUGAAGAUGACUCUAGUGGACCAGAAGCAGGCAGGGCUUCAGUUCUAGAUAGACAUGUACAGGUCAAGACUGAGGACACUUCUGAAACUGAUGACAGUGAUUUUUGGAAGGAGACAAGGAAAGGUCCAACACGUUCAAACGCUAAAGGCGACACACCAAAGCCUGAUAAGAAACAACACAACUGCUCUGAAUGUGAUAAAACAUUCAAAUAUAAACAAGAACUCACCAAACACGUCAGAAUUCACACCACAGAGAAACCAUUUAGUUGUUCUGAGUGUAGUAAAGGUUUUUACCAGAAAGGGAGUCUGAGCUCACACAUGUUGAUUCACCGAGGAGAGAAACCCUUCAGCUGCUCCGUCUGCGGUAAAGGAUUUAACCAUCAGUCUAAUCUAUCACGUCACAUGGUAGAGCACAGGGAGGAGAAACCCUUCAGCUGCUCCGUCUGCAGCAAAAGAUUUAACCAUAAAUAUACUUUGAGGCAUCACAUGGCACACCAUAGGGGGGAGAAACUCUUCAGCUGCUCUGUCUGCAGUCAAACAUUUAAUCAAAAAUAUAAUCUGUCACGUCAUACGGCACAGCACGGGGGAGAGAAACCCUUCAGCUGCUCUGUCUGCAGAAAAAGAUUUACCCAAAAGCCCGGUCUGACACUUCACAUGGCACGCCACAAAGGGGAGAAACUCGUUAGCUGUAGUGGUUGUGACCACAGAUUCUCUUGGCCCUCUCAGUUAAAAAGACACAAGUGUGUUAGCGGCCCCAGAGAUUCUUUAAAACCAACAUGAGUAGCGGAAAGAUAGAGAAGACUAGUGCUGGAUAUUGAUAAGAACCUAACGAUCCGACAAUUGCGUACCUAACCCAAGCGGCAACCUGCAGGCUCAAAAUAUGAAGCCCAUGCGAAAGUGUUAUAAACUGCAGUUCAUCAAGAAUCUGCUUGAGGCUGUCUGCAGUAACACCAGAAACCACAUACACACAAAUUCAACAAAGACAAUCUUUACAGCAGAAAUAAACAUGUUUACAGCCUGCUUCAAAAACAGCUAGGCUCUACAUGGCUAAUUUCUCUGUCGGCACACACUGUAGGGGGGUGAAUUUUUUUUUCUGACACGAUGGUUCAGAAGAUAUUAAGGUUACAAGUUUUUGCCCAAAUAAGGACAUGACUGACUUGACUCCUGGACGGGAACACAUAGCUGUUAGCUCGGAAGCUCAAACCCCACCUUUUUAUGUCACACUAUACCUGAUUCAAUUGCGCAUUACCAAUAUGGCUGCUGCUGACAAUCAGCUUCAAAACAGCACUCAGUAAUUUUGAAGAUAUUAAGAUUACAAGUUUUCCAUUAU